AAACUUAUAUUUACUUCGUGCUUGUAUUGCGAUGGAUGCAGAAGUGCGAUCGCUUGAUAACUUCGACCCCAAGAUCAGACAUUUCGUAGAGUAUGUAAUGCUUAAGGGGGAAAUCAGCAUGUUUCCUGGAAGCGUUAACAUUUAUGACGCACAUUCUGGAUGCCCAGCAGGAAUGAAUAAAGGACGACUUGACAGAUUCAAGAUGUCAAUACCCUAUGCUGGAAGAAGUGUUGCAUGGGAGAUCAUUUUUGACUGCACCAGACCUACAGAACCUCCAGACUUCAUUUUUGGGACUGAACAUGAAGACUUUCUCCCUCCAAUGAAUGAAAUAGAAAGUUUGCUUUACUGGGAUGCCAACAGACGUGAGUCACUUCAUCUGUUGAUCAAGGAGCUUCUCCUGUACUACAAGGAGCAUAAUAUACAAUGUGCUGGCACCAACAUCAGGCUGCAGCAAGAUAUCAUGUCCUUGUUGUGGCAAGCGAAUCUUAAGAAAGAUGACUUCGAGGUCUGGGCACCAAAAAUAGAGAACCGGCUUGGAAUUAUUCACAUCGUCACCAACCUGAACGUAGAUUUCUCACAGUUGCCAGCAUUCCUUGUGCAGGGUAAUCCUGGGCCAGACAGAGCUAUUCUUACCUUUUCCUACUCUUCACCUGAUUCUACUCGGAUCAGUCCAGAACUGCAUCUUUCUCCCAAAAUUGAGCAUGCUCUUGGAGGAUCCAGCUGUCUAAAGAUACCCUCAUUGACAAGUGGCACUUUGAUUGGAGACUAUGUUAUUUGCAUCCAGAAGCUGUUAAAAAAUAAGGUCACAGAUGUGAUAAGAGGUGUUGAGAAAAGGAAGGAGUACACAGCAGCCUUUCUCAGUCAUUUUGGCAGGUCUGUGCUAGAGUAUGAUCUCGAGACUUUCAGCACCAUGUCAUUCCUUUUUGAGUGGAAUGACUUUUUCUUUACCUUCACAGUAACUCUUCCACUUUAUUUCCCUGGUGACCAGCCACAAUUCCUGUUCCAGUCUGUGUAUCACGAAUCUAGGGGCAGGCCAUAUUUUCAAAUCGAUAAAGAUUUUCCAUACAGCCCUCGUUGGAGUGCCAAUGAAAUGGCAGUGCGUGCCAAAGCCCACAUUCUGGAAACCAUUGGCAAAUUCCAGCGAGCAUCAGUUCUAGCCAAGCAGAAAUGAGUGGAAACAAAAUAGAGUUGACCAACAGAGUUGUUUUUUUAUUUUGGUCACAAGGUUAGCUUAGUUCCAGCAUUACGUUUAAUUUUUUUUCACCAUGUUACAGCUGCCAGGGCUUUUUACAUCAGAAAUUUAUGGGCAUCCUGUUGUGUGUGGAAAGAUGUGAAUGCUGAUAUAAUGCAGCCGUUGGUUACAUCUGCUAUGACCUGUCAUUCAUAUUUAACAAUUCAAAACUUUUUAGGCCAUGAGCAUGUGGUAGUGAGUGCUGGCUGUUAUAUCUCAGCAUUGUCUCGAGGGCUGGGCCAUAAGAAACUAGAACUUGCCAGUAGUAGCCACCCUAAACCUUUCUGUACAUUAUGUUUGCAGCUUUAUUUAUUUUUAAGAUAAUAUCGAUGUCUUGUAUUUCAUGGAAGGCUUGUGUUCUUGGAUUGCAGAGUAUUUUAGCAAUGUGAAUGAUGAGUGGGCUAUAGUGUGUUGUAGAUGAAUGGGGAGUAUGUUAAGGUGUACUGAGUGAUUGAUAAUGGAGUUGUGUGCUGCACGCAGCACUGUAUUGAGUGAAAAAUAAUUGAAGAGUA